CUCUCCUUCUCCUUAUAUAUACCCAUCUUCGCAUAUUUCCUUGCUUAAUUCUGUAUGCGAAAUAAUCCACGUUUGAGCUCUUGAUUUGGUACAGUAUUGGGUUUUGAUUUAUGAACUCUACUCCGCUCUCAGAUUGAGCGAACUUUGAGAGCUGGGAAGCUGACUGAAAGGAUUUUGAACUUAUUUAUUGCAACUGGAAAAGAAGAAGUGCUUUCUCUUAUUGAGUCCCUUAACAUCCAGCAUGUCCUGACUCCUGUCCUACCAACUAGAUGCUCUGAGAAAUUUUAAUAUUGUUGGACGCUCUGCAAGCACACUUCUGUAAUUCGAACACAAAGCUAAAUUUAGGUGUUGCUGAACAAGUUUUUCCGUCAGUAUUUCUUUAACCCCAAUAUUUGACAAUGUCUCAAGAAAGUAUCAUGGAUAAUGAGGUUGAUAUUGUUAUUGGUGCUCUCCACUCUGAUCUUACAUCCUUCAUGGAAGAGUGGAGGCUGAUAUUCUCACGAUACCACCUCAUAAUUGUCAAAGAUCCUGAUCUCAAAGAGGAACUCAAAAUACCGGGUGGUUUCAAUCUUGAUGUCUAUUCCAAGUCUGAUAUAGACCGAACUGUGGGCUCUUCCUCCGCGACCCUUCUCUUUUCAGGGUACUCAUGCCGCUACUUUGGUUAUCUAAUGUCGCGGAAAAAGUACAUUAUCUCAGUCGAUGAUGACUGUUCCCCUGCCAGGGACAAUAAUGGUGAUUUAGUCGAUAUUGUGGCCCAGCACAUCACCAACCUUUCAACUCCAGCUACUCCUUUUUUCUUCAACACACUCUAUGAUCCUUACCGCAAGGGAGCUGAUUUCGUUCGUGGGUACCCCUUUAGUUUGAGAAAUGGGGUGCCAUGCACUCUUUCGUGUGGUCUGUGGCUUAAUUUAGCAGACUAUGAUGCACCAACACAAGCCCUAAAGCCUGAGCUGAGGAAUUCUCGAUAUGUUGAUGCUGUUCUAACCGUUCCUGCAAGGUCGAUGAUGCCUCUGAGCGGAAUCAACAUUGGUUUUGAUAGGGAGCUUGUGGGUCCUGCUUUGUUGCCGGCUUUGAUGUUGGCUGGGGAAGGAAAGUUCAGGUGGGAGACAGUGGAAGAUAUAUGGUGUGGAAUGUGUGUGAAAGUGGUGUCUGACCACAUGGGGCUGGGGGUGAAGACUGGGCUGCCGUAUGUGUGGAGGAAGGAGAGGGGAGAUGUGGUUGAGAGUUUGAAGAAAGAUUGGAAAGGAGUGAAGCUGAUGGAGGAAGUGGUGCCUUUCUUUCAGUCGUUGAAGUUGUCGCCAGAUGCGAUUUCGGCUGAGGAUUGUGUGGUUGAGAUGGCUGCAGCAGUGAAGGAGCGGCUCGGACCUGUGGACCCUGUGUUUGGUCGUGCUGCUAAUGCCAUGGUGGACUGGAUCAAGCUAUGGAAGGUGGCCGGGGCCCAAUCUUCACUCAGUGUUGCCUAAGAGAGAGUUGGUGACUAAUUAUUUUUAUUUGAAAUCUUCUGAUUUUCUUAGGUUAUCCUUUGGAUUCUUCACCCUCAUAAAUUAAAAAGAUAGGUGGUGAAUUAAAAAGAUCACAAAAUGUUCUGGUUUCUACUCUGGAAAUAAUUGCUUGCUCUUAGAGCACUCUUGUACACCAAUCAACUAUAUCACAAUAUGUACUUCAUGCGUGUGUACGUGUGGCAGAAUUUGGUUGGUUCACGUGAUGGUUUAUCCUAAGAGCAUCCACAGUGAUUUUGCUAGUA